GAUACAAACCAUCACACGGCUUUCUACUUUUGUACACGCCCUUGCACUUCUUCUCAAGUAUAAUUGCUGUAAUCUUAUCUCGUAUAUCUCGUCCAGGAAGGCCCACAGAAAAAGCUCGAAAACCCCCCGCUCCAAUAGAAGUCACGAAAACCGUGAAAUACACCAAUCCUCGUCCUUGGGGCACUGCAUAUUCCUUUACUAGCACCUCCAUCACAUCUCAGCGUUUUAAUCAAAAUCUGAGGUGCAUCUAGACGCGAUGAUUACACCGCGAUUCUCCUGCAGCCAAAGCACCGAAUCCGUGAUGGUCUCCAUCUACUGUCCAUCAGUCCGAGCGUCAGAUGUCGAAAUAAAUGUGGAUGAAACCUUGGUGACCGUACACAUCAAUCCUUACUUCCUACGCCUCAACUUCGCACAUCGACUCGUGGAAGACGACGAAUCAUCAGCGCAGUAUGAUCCGGGCACUGGUUAUCUGAUCGUCACUCUCACAAAAGAGGUCAAGGGACAAGAAUUUCCUGACCUAGAUCUAUUGGCAAAGUUGUUGGCCCCUCGACAGAGUGAACCAGUGAGCGCGCCUACGAUUGAGGUCAUCGAGACCAGCGAUGCCCCAGAAGAGGAUACCGAGGAGUUAAUCCGAAGAACGAAUGGUCUGACAUUGGAACAAGAAGAAAUAUUACAAGCUGCUGAAAAUGACUGGCAGCUGCCACAAGCUGUCCCUGAACCUUUACCACCUUUACACCUGACUACUACAAAAUUCUAUGGGUUCCUGGAUAUGCACUCUGGAUAUUUCACCCACGUGUCUCAUACUGAGAAUGAAGUGAAUGAACUUGGCACAGAUGUAGAAAGUUGCCCGGUGGAGGAACGACGAACUAGGCGACUGAAAUAUGAAGAGGAGAAGUGGGAUGCGGAAUACUACAUGGCAGACUUCGCGGACGAUGAGCAUAUUCAAGAAUUGUUAGUCUGGCAACAUCCCUAUCUCACUCAAGACGGCGAUCCUGUAUAUACGGAAGCGGAAAAUAUGAUUAUGCUUCGCCUACCACGCAAAGAAUAUAUGCCAACUGCUGAUCAGCAGCAUAAUCUAUAUUUGACUCUUAUCUCGGUGCUUUUCUCAUAUGCUUACGAUGCUCGCACGACACUGCACGAUCCUACCUCUGAAAGCGCUUGGACUAUCUGUUCGUUGACGCCCGCGUUCUCUGCUCUGGAUGCUCCUCCUUAUUGGCAGGCGCAAGACCAACCUUUGAGUUCUGGUGAAGCCGUUUUCAGCACUGAAGAGAUUUUAUCCACCUUGGUCCAGUCGUAUCGCCGUGUUCUUGCAUUUCCACUCUAUCGUUCAUUCGUUUUGGCCGAUUCGUGUCGUAUGGACGUUGCCAAAGUCUUGUCUAGGGGAAAACGUAUGGCCUUGCGAUGUCUGCUGGACUUGAAAAAGAUACUGGAUCAUCACGACAUAUAUUAUGUCUACAGCAAAAUCUGGGUUGACGAUUUGUGUGUAUGGAUCCAAACGUUAGGAAGUGACGAAAUACUAAAAGGAUUAGCCAAAACUAUAGAAGCUUUACGAUUGCCGAAGAGCGCUGUGGGCUGGGAUCUUGAGGAGCUGGAAGCUGUCGUGCUUCAGACUGCCGAGAGAGACAGCGACAGCGAUGACGAUACUGGGGAAUAACACCGCGGCGGAGGUGGUUGUGUUCACCGACAUUAGUAGUCUUUUUUAUUACUUGGAGUAUCAUUCGAAUGUAGGUAAGACUCUGACUAAGCUCAUGGCAGAAACAACAGCAUAUCUGUUGCUUCUAUGUAUUGUAGCCGGCCCGCGGCAGUUUGCGCGUAGUGUACUGACAGAGAGA